AAUAUUCAAAUCGAUUCUAUACAAUUCCGCUUAGUUAACUUUAUAAAAUUCGAAGAUAGCCCCAAAAGUAACUCAAUAUACAAUAGGCUCCACUAGUGAAACACGGUACUAAUGUCGUUCUUAACGAGUUGACACGGUGAUGUUUCACACCGAUGUUAUAAGUUCCACGACUGAGAACCUUCCGUCUCUGAUUUCAAACUGUGUUACGGCGAAAAGCUUGAAGCAUGCCAAAGCCUUGCACUCUCAUCUCAUCAAAACCGCCCUUUUCUUUGACGCUUUUCUCGCCAAUGGACUCAUCGAUUUGUAUUCCAAAUGUGGCUGUGUAGAGAGUACCCACAAAGCCUUUGAUGAUCUUCCCAACAAGACAACACGUUCGUGGAACACGCUGCUCUCUUUUUACUGCAAAAAAGGAGUUUUCAAUGAAGCUCAUCAACUGUUUGAUAAAAUGCCGCAGAAAAACCUCGUCAGCUAUAACUCGUUUAUAUCCGGUUUAACACGUCAUGGGUCUUACGAAGAAGCGGUUAAACUCUUUAGGGUGAUGCAAAAGGGUUGUGGAGGUUUGAUGUUAGAUGGGUUCACGCUUGGUAGCAUAGUGGGUUGCUGUUCUUGUUUGGGUAAUGUUAAAUCGUUGCGACAGGUUCAUGGGGUGGCAGUUAUAGUUGGAUUUCACUCCAAUGUGAUUCUCAACAAUGCUUUGAUUGAUGCUUAUGGGAAAUGUGGGGAACCCGAUGCUUCGUUUCAUUUGUUUAGUUCAAUGUUGGAGAAAGAUGUUGUGUCUUGGACAUCAAUGGUUGCUGCAUAUACUCGAGCAUCCAGAAUAGACGAUGCGUGUAAGGUGUUUGAUGAAAUGCCAAUUAAGAACACGGUUUCUUGGACUGCUUUGGUCACGGGAUUUGCGAAAAAUGGACGUUGUUAUGAAGCUUUGGAAGCUUUUCGCGGAAUGAUUGAAGCAGGGGUAAUGCUCAGUGCACAAACUUUUGUAAGUGUUUUAGAUGCUUGUGCAAGUGAAGCUCUUAUAGGAAAAGGUAAACAGGUUCAUUGUCAAAUUAUCAGAGGAAGAAAUAGUGGCAAUUUGUUUAAUGUGUAUGUAAUUAAUGCUUUGAUUGACAUGUAUGCAAAGUGUGGAAAUAUGAAAUCAGCUGAAAAUUUGUUUGAGAUGAAGAUUCAUGUGAGGGAUGUAGUGUCUUGGAAUACAUUAAUAACCGGAUUUGCACAAAAUGGUUGUGGCGAAGAUUCGUUGGUUGUUUUUAGCAGGAUGAUAGAAGCCAACAUAGAACCAAAUCAUGUGACAUUUCUUGGAUUACUUUCUGCUUGCAACCAUGCAGGUUUAGUUAAUGAAGGGUUAGAGUUGCUCGAUUCAAUGGAAAGGCGAUACGGAGUAAAGGCACAAAGUGAUCAUUAUGCGUUAUUAAUUGAUUUGCUUGGAAGGAAAAACAGGCUUAAAGAAGCCAUGUGUUUGAUUGAGAAAGUGUCAUAUGGAACUAAGAAUCACAUUGCAAUGUGGGGUGCAUUGUUGGGUUCUUGUAGAGUUCAUGGAAACUUGGAACUUGCUAGAAAAGCUGCAGAAGCUUUGUUUGAGUUAGAACCUGAAAACACUGGUAGGUAUGUUAUGUUAUCCAACAUUUAUGCUGCUUCUGGUAGAUGGGGUGAUGCUAAUAAAAUUAGAAAUGUAAUGAAGGAGAAAGGCUUGAAGAAAGAACCAGCUUGUAGUUGGAUUGAGUUGAAGAAUUCAAAGCAUGAGUUUGUGGCUAAGGACAAGUCUCAUCCACAGAUUGAUGAGAUAUAUGAAGUAAACAGAAAAUUAGUUCAGCAUUUGAUGGAUGUUGGAUAUCAACCUUACCUUAGUUACCCUUCUCUUCUUGAUGAUGAGGAUGAUGAUUUUUACUUUAAUUAGCUAUUACAGAUGCAUUGAUAACGGCAAAGACUUAUUGCUCACAAAUUCCACAAAGAAAACGACAUUGACUUCAUUUUCCUAUGAUAAUAUGGACCUCACUUCCCUUUCUCUCCUACUCAAAACCACUUCUUCUCUUUUCACUCAUCUCUCAAACCAUGAGCUACUCAACCUUAAUCCAAACCAACUCUCCUAACAAUAAUGAAGGAGAAGAAGACAAAGACUUCUGUUUCUGGACUUCACCAUAUUCAGAAUCUUCAAGGAGCAAAGAUAUUUUACAAGGAAAGAAUGAACUUAUGGAGAUGAUGCAACACAUACCUGAGUCGAGCUUUGAACUCUCUUUCCAAGACAUGGUUGUCGAGCAGCAUCAAGCUCCAGAAGCUAAACCAGAACCAGAACAAGUGGAAAGUAAAGUUCAACAACCUCAACACAAAAAGAUGAAUGAGAAGAAGAAAA